AUGUUUAUAGUGGUGGAUCAGAUGCAACUCUAUCUGAUGAUUUUGUCGGCAAUACGGAUUCCGAGCAUUAUAGCAACUGAAUAUUACUGUGGUCCAAACGAUAAUCUAUUCACACAGUUAAUUUCAAAGCUUUUUACAACGCCAUGCAACCAAGAAGCCAUUAAGUUUUUAUGCAUUUUUUAUUGGAUUAGUAAAGAUACUAUUGAAAUUUCAGUUAAUUUUUGCUGCUUACAACAUGACAGAUGUUACGGAGACUGUGGCCUGACACAGCGCGAAUGUGAUGACUAUUUCUGCGAAUGUCUUCGGGAAAUACCGUCAAAUUUUUACUGCAAGUUAGUCUUUCAAUGA